AUGUACGGAGGAAUUCAUGAAAAAAAGCUGACUGAGAAGGAUAUGCAAUUGAGUUGUUAAAAUAUCAGAGAAGAAUUCUAAAAAGAAAUCAACAUUGAGCAUCAAAGAAUCAAUGUCGAUUCAGCAAAAAAGAAGGCAGUCCUUUAUCAUCACGAUUAUGAAGGGUUCAGAUAAAUGGUAUUGGGAGCAAAUCUCUACACAAUCAAAUCCAAGGAAUUGGCCAACUUUGGAUUCAAUGAAACCAAUAAUGACAAAAUUUUCAAUUCUUCCUAUCAGAAAUAUCAGCAACCCACUCAAGAGGACAUCAAUCAGUUAUAAUUAAAUAUCAAAGAGAUUUAAUGCAAAAACUUCAGGGACUUUAGAACCUUAUUCUCUAAAUAUUACAUCAAACCAUUAACAUAAGAAAAUUAUGCUGAAUUAAUGAAUAUUUUAUAAAUGUAGAGCGAAGACAACAUCAAGAAAAUAUUUUCUAUUGAUUUUCAUGUUGAAUAUUUUUUUAAAAUUUUGGAAGUUUUUGAUUAUUCGAUAUCAACUUUAAAGGAUGGAAAAGAACUAAGUUUUAUUGUUGGCUUUUUGGAUGAGUUAGUAAAGAUCAAGGAUUUUAUGCAAUAAAUAAAAAAGUUUUUGAAGAAGAGUGAGAAAGAAGAAUUGAAAGAGUUUUUUGGAAGACUCAAACAGAGUUUACAGAUGGAAUAUGAGUAAAUCCAAUUGAAUCAGUUGAUCCAUACAAAGUAUGAGGAAUUAUUGAUCUAAUAUUUAUGA